AGUUUCAAAUGCUCAGAAAUAACUACACUUCCCAUUAGCCUUUGCGAUCGCCCUUGGUUAAACUGCAACAUGGCCAACAAGGAACCCAGUCGCUUUGCUCAGCAUCUUAAGGAUCUGGCAGGCCGGAUGUCUUCGGGUGGCAGGGGGGCUGGAUUAGGACUGAAGCUUCUACUUGCAGGUGGAGCGCUCGCAUAUGGUGUGAGGGAAGCCACCUACACAGUGGAGGGUGGUCACAGAGCCAUAAUAUUCAACAGGAUUGGAGGAAUGCAGAUGGACACUGUUUUAGCUGAGGGACUUCAUUUCAGGAUUCCAUGGUUCCAAUACCCAAUCAUCUAUGACAUCAGAGCCAGACCCAGGAAAAUCUCCUCUUUGACUGGCAGUAAAGAUCUCCAGAUGGUGAACAUUGCAGUGCGGGUGUUGUCCAGACCCAUAGCAUCCAACCUGCCAGUCCUAUACCAGCAACUUGGAAAAGACUAUGAUGAGAGAGUCCUGCCCUCUAUUGUCAAUGAGGUCCUGAAGUCUGUGGUGGCAAAGUUCAAUGCUUCCCAGCUCAUCACACAGAGAGCCCAGGUGUCACUGCUGGUGCGCAGAGAGCUUUUUGAGAGAGCCAAAGACUUUAACAUCAUUCUGGAUGAUGUAUCCAUCACUGAGCUCAGCUUCAGCACCCAGUACACUGCAGCUGUAGAGGCCAAGCAAGUCGCUCAGCAAGAGGCUCAGAGAGCCCAGUUCUAUGUGGAGAAAGCCAAACAGGACCAGAGACAGAAGAUCAUUCAGGCUGAGGGAGAAGCUGAAGCUGCCAGAAUGUUGGGCCAAGCAGUGACAAAGAACCCAGGCUAUUUGAAGCUGAGAAGAAUCAGAGCGGCACAGAACAUCGCUAAGACGGUGGCAACAUCCCAAAACAAGGUUUACCUCAACGCUGAUAGUUUGGUGCUCAACCUACAAGACCAGACUUCUUUUAACAACUUGUCUCUGGGCCUAAAGAAGUGAAGAGAAGAAAACCAACAGAACCUUCAGCAUCUCAGCACCCUCAGAAUGAAUGUCGAUAGUCCACUUCAGAGAUCUGCCGGCACGACGUGAUCAGUUUUCUUUUUCUUUGUAAUUGUCUGUUUUUCUAUAGAAGCUGUCAACAAAGCCUGAUCUCAGACUUCAGAAUAAACAAAUCUCU